GUUGAGCUGACAGCCAUGCACGCAGCAUACCUCACGUCCAUCCUCGCGUGGACUCGUGCCGUCGCGGCAGUGUCUGGCGGAAGUCGUACCUUCGACAAGCGGCUUGUGGACACCUCCCUCUUCAACGCACCCGGCAACAGUCCCAACCUGCAACGUCGACAGAAUGCCAACACUUCUGCGUUCGCUAUCGACGGUUCCAAGAUUCCUGGUGUUGACUUCACCCUCGAUGAGUCCUAUGCUGGUCUGCUCCCGAUCUCCUCGGACGCCGAUGAGAAGAGCAAACUGUACUUUUGGUACUUUCCUUCGACUAAUAAGGAUGCUGAUGAUGAGAUUACCAUUUGGCUCAACGGAGGUCCAGGCUGCUCCAGCUUGGAAGGCUUCAUGCAAGAGAACGGACCGCUGUCGUGGAAGCCUGGCACUUACAAGCCGGUGAAGAAUCGCUGGAGCUGGCAUCAUUUGACUAACAUGGUCUGGGUGGAUCAGCCCGUGACCACCGGAUUCUCCCAAGGCCCGAGGGUCGUCAACAAUCAGGAGGAUUUGUCGAGAGACUUCAUGGGUUGGCUGAAGAACUUCAUCGACACGUUCGGCUUGCAUGGGAGGAAGAUCUAUUUGACGGGAGAGUCGUACGCUGCUGGGAUGUACAUCCCAUACAUGGCCUACUACAUGCUCGAAGCCAACGACAAAACCUACUACAACCUCCAAGGCACCCUCGGCUACAGCCCGGCCCUGAACUGGUUCGCCGUGACCGAACAAAUCCCCUCCGUCCCCUUCAUCGACCGCUGGGCGCCCCUCUUCAACCUGAACUCCACCUUCGUCGACGCCAUGCACAAAGCCUCCGACGCCUGCGGACACACGAAAUUCCUCAACGACUACCUCACCUUCCCACCUCCACCCGGCCCGAUGCCCGACCCACCGGACGGCCUCGUCUACCGCGAAGGCUGCGACACCUGGACCGCCAUCCUCAACGCCACCUUCCUCGUGAACCCCUGCUUCAACAUCUACCACAUCCCCGACACCUGCCCCUUCCUCUGGGACAUCCUCGGCUCCUCCCCGGGUCCAGACGGCUUCUUCAACCGCACAGACGUACAAGCCGCCAUCAACGCCCCUCCAACAAACUACAUUCUCUGCAAUCAAACCGACCAAGUCUUCCCCAACGGCGACGCAAGCGAAUGGUCCUCCUUCGGCGACGCCGGGCAAAAAGCCAUCCUGCCACAAGUCAUCGAACGCAGCGCCCGCACCAUGCUCGUCGGCGGGGACUUGGACUUCAUCAUCAUCUCCGACGGCGUGCUCCUCAGUAUCCAGAACAUGACCUGGAAUGGCGCCCAAGGGUUUCAGCAACGUCCUUCGGACCCCUUCAUUGUGCCGUACGAUGGUGAUUCGAAUUAUGCGGCGGUGGGGGUGUUGGGUGUGACGCAUACGGAGAGGGGGCUGACGUGGGUGAAUAUGGCGGGGAGUGGGCAUAUGGGGCCGAGGUAUGCGCCUGCGGGAGCGUGGAGGCAUUUGGAGUAUUUGUUGGGGAGGAUUGAUUCGUUGUAG